UUUGGCAGCCAAUUUAAUGGCAAAAACUAAAUUUUUGUGUAGUGCAUUAAUAACAAAAAGUCCCGUCGUGACACAUCAUCAAAAAAUCGUAAAAAGUGAAAAUCUCUCGUUUUUCGUGAUUUUGUACCUUUUGGUCGUGAUGGUGCUGGGCAAUAGCGUUACACAAGCAAUUAAAUGUGUUUGUAAUCCGCAAGAAUGCGACGUAAUUCGUUCCGAAGACUGCCCCGGCAAGGGGUACAUCGUGUGGGAUCCAUGCAAAUGCUGUAAAAUGUGUGCCAAAAUCAAGGGAGAAGCAUGCGGCGGUCCCGGCGGUUUCAGCGGCAGUUGCGAACCGCCGCUAGUUUGUGUCAUCAAGCCGCCUAUCAUUGGCACGGGAGUGUGUGUGGAGCUUCCAGAUAAUCUAACCGCACCGCUGGACGACUGUCCAAAUAACAAAAUUUCGAUAGAGGCGGGAUGUGAUAUUGUUAAUCGUAAAUGCAAAUGUUGGGACACGCUGAGUGUGUGCAAGACACAGGACCAAAAGCUACGAUGGGACUUUAAAAAUUUGGAAGAUUGCGAACUUAAUUUACAAAACGUAGUUAAAUCUGAAUUAGAAUUUGACGAAGACUAUACAAUACCUCCACAAAGUUUUGAGUACAAAGUAGGAAAAAGCAAACGAAGAAAAUUAUUAAAAAAGAGAAAACAGUCGGACCAGUCUAAUUGCUCAUCUCCUGAUUGUUUGUAACAUGUAUAAGACCAUCUCUACGUUUAGAUAAAUUAAUCUCGAAAUAAUAAUAACAUAAUAAUUAAAUCAUAAG